UGCUAGUUACAACUAUAUAUUUACUUUCAAUAUUCUUCUUACAUUCAAAUCUUUCCUAAAAUAUAAAACAUUUUCUAUAACCAUUACAUAAUUUUCCAUGGAAAUUCCUCCAAAGAAACCUCACUUUUUCAAGCCUAUUCUACCAGGUUUCAAGAAUGGACUUAAAAUUCCAUUAGGUUUUUUGAAGUAUCUUAAGAGACAUGAUCAACAUGAACAUGCAAUAUUGACAACAGAUGAUAAGAAGUGGUUAGUGAAGGUGAACGGUCGGCGAUUAGAGGAGGGUAGUUGGAUAGAGUUUGUAGAGGAACUUAAUUUGAAAGUUGGAGAUGUUUUAGUGUUCAAACAUGAAGGAGAUAUGGAAUUUGAUGUGUUCAAAUUCGAUUUGAGUCAUCAUUGUGACAAAGAGUAUGCAAUGUACCAGGAGGAGGACGAGGAUGAGGAUGAAGAGGACGAGGACAAGCUUUAAGUCAAUAAUAUUUUGAAUGCACUAUUAGGCAAUAUUGCCUUUCGAGAGAUUUUAUGGUAAAUUUUAGUUGAUGUAAUCAAAUAUAAUAAUUGUAGUUGAACUGUACGUUAACUAAUAUAUAUGUGUAUUGUCUAUACACUGUUAGUGGAUUUCAAAAGAUUUGCAUUUGCAAAUGAUUUCAUCAAUGGCAACAAGAAGUAUGGUUUGAUUAUAA